CUGAUCGCCCCCAGUGCUAGCGCGCGAGCCUCUCCUGCAGUCCCGAAGCGAGUCUGCUGCUUAUUCGUCCAGCCUCACUCACAACACCAAACAUGGCGGAGGAAGAGGGAAUCAUCAAGGCUCUUGUGUGCGCUUAUUUGAGUGAGAAGGACAAGUCUCUCGGACAGUCGGUGGAAAAGAAGCUCAAUCCGCCAAAGUUAGCAAAAAGUUCUCCAUCAGUCACAGAAAUUGUCAAACAUUUCCUCAAAACCUCACCGAACAAACGCCGCCUGAGCUUUGAAACCCCACCAGCCAAGAAAGCCCGUAAAGAAUCUAGUUCAAGCUCAGAAGAGGAUGAAAGUCCUCCCAAGAAGGCAGCAACCCCUCUUGUUAAUGGCAAAGGACCCAAGGCUGCAGCAAAACCCAAGAAAGAGACAAGUUCUUCCGAAGAUUCCGAGUCGGAUUCAGAUGAGUCUGAUGCCCCUCCCAAGAAGAAGAUUGCUGUAGCAGCCCCAGCAGCAGCCACACCCAAGGCAGCAGCAAAGGUUCCUCCCAAGAAGGCGGCUGAGAGUAGCAGUGAAGAGAGCAGUUCUGAAGAUGAAGCCCCUGCAAAGGCACCUGCCAAAGCUGUGCCAGUCAAACCUGCAACACCUGUUAGCAAGCCUGCAGCAAAGAAGGCAGAAUCCUCCAGUUCUGAAGAGUCAAGUUCUGAUGAUGAUGAACCUGCUAAGCCAGCUGUGAAGAAACCAGCCACACCUGCACAGAAAGCAACCACUCCUGCAAAACCAGCAGUUGCAGUUAAAAAGGCAGAAUCCUCCAGUUCAGAAGAGUCCAGUUCAGAGGAUGAGGAACCUGCAAAGAAGGCUGCCACUCCUGCAAAGAAGGCUGCCACUCCUGCAAAGAAGGCUGCCACUCCUGCAAAGAAGGCUGCCACUCCUGCAAAGAAGGCUGCCACUCCUGCAAAGAAGACUGCCACUCCUGCAAAACCAGCAGUUGCAGUUAAAAAGGCAGAAUCCUCCAGUUCAGAAGAGUCUAGUUCUGAGGAUGAUGAACCUGCAAAACCAGCUGUGAAGAAACCAGCCACACCUGCUCAGAAGGCGGCCACUCCAGCCAAGAAGCCAGCUGCUGCAAAGAAAGAAUCUUCUAGUUCAGAAGAAUCCAGCUCUGAAGAUGAGGAGCCUGCUAAACCAGCUGUUAAGAAGCCAGCAACACCAGCACAGAAGGCUGCUACUCCUGCCAAGAAGCCAGUUGCUGCAAAGAAAGAAUCUUCUAGUUCAGAAGAAUCUAGCUCUGAAGAUGAGGAACCAGCUAAGCCAGUUUUAAAGAAGCCUGCUACACCUGUACAGAAGGCUGCUUCUCCUGUAAAGAAACCCGCUGCUCCUGCAAAGAAGGCAGAAUCCUCCAGUUCAGAAGAGUCUAGUUCUGAGGACGAUGAACCUGCAAAACCAGCUGUGAAGAAACCAGCCACACCUGCUCAGAAGGCGGCCCCUCCAGCCAAGAAGCCAGCUGCUGCAAAGAAGGCAGAGUCUUCCAGUUCAGAAGAAUCUAGUUCUGAGGAUGAGGAGCCAGCUAAACCAGUAGUGAAAAAGCCAGCUGCUACUGUGCAGAAGCCAGCUGCUGCUGCCAAGAAAGCAGACUCCAGUUCUGAAGAAUCAAGCUCAGAUGAAGAUGAGCCAGCCAAGCCAGCUGUGCAAAAACCAGUUGCAAAGCCAGCUGCUGCAGCCAAGAAGGCAGAAAGUAGCUCAGAAGACUCCUCAGACUCUGAUUCUGACGAAAAACCUGCCAAGCCUGUAAUCAAGCCUGCUGCCCCUGCUAAGAAGGAAAUGUCCAGCUCAGAAGACAGCUCAGAUGAUGACAAACCUGCCAAGCCAGCAGCCAAGCCAGCAGCUGCAACCACAAAAGCUGCAAAGGAGUCUAGCUCUGAGGAGUCCACCAGCGAGGAGGAGGAGGAGGAGACUCCAGUUGUGAAGACUCCAGCACCCAAGAUGACCAAUGGUGCAGUAGAGAAUUCUCAUAACACUUCCUGGAAUGGGUCUCUGAAUUCAUCACUCAAUACCUCGGGUGGCAAAGUUAAAAAAGAGCCUUUCAGGAGGGUGCGAGCAGAGGAAAUCGAAAUCAACCCAAAGUUUAACAACUCCUUUGAAGCCAAGCAAGGUGCAAGAGGAUGUUGGGGUGAAGGUGCCUACAGAACCCUCAAGGACACUCGAGGAAAAAGUUUCCGUCAUGAAAAGAACAAGAAAAAGAAAGGAUCUUACCGAGGAGGCAUGUUGGACACGGCCGUCAACUCGAUCAAAUUUGACUCGGACUGAUAGAACAGUUUCCCAUAUGAAGCACCUCCCUCCCCCCCACCUUCAGGCAAAUCUUUAUCCAUGGGCUGCCCAGAGUGAUGGAUAACUGUAGAGAAAGGCCAAGGGCAGAGAUGCAGCCACACAACACUCUGCCAGUGGUUUCACAUGAAUGUGUUUGUGUGUGAAAGAUCAUGUGAUAUAUAUAUAUAUUUACAAAGCAGAUACAUUACUGUGUGGGAGUUGUUUAUUUGUUGAAUUUUAAGAAGAGUACAUAAAGUGGCGAACUCCAAAGUGAUGAGGAAGUGUUGUUCUGAUAGUGACACAUUCUUGUGUGUUCGAAUCCAUAAUUUAGCUACAGGUCUUUGCAUUUGUGGAAGUGCAGUGAGCCCAAGCAAGGUCUCAGUGUGAACAAUUUCCUUGGUUUGUGAACCUGUAACAGGAGAAAGUCCAGUCUGGGAGGUCGUUUAGGGCUAUAAAUUGUCAGAUAGGAGAACGAAAAAAAAUGUAUUUUUUUAGAAGUUAUUGCUAUAAUACAAAAAAAUAAAAUUUUGUUCUAUGUACUGCAGCCAUAGAUAUUGUUAGGGUUAUACGUACUUGUACAUUUCCACUUUUGACUGAAAAGAAAAUGGUGAUUAUAACCCCAACAUUUGAUUUGGUGCAAAUAGGAAGAGAAAUCUGUUCCUCUUAAGUAUUUACAUAAUAGUUUGUGUAAAUAGAUGAGAUAACAGUUUUGGUUGUACCAUUAAUGAAAGUAUUUGAAAUUUGUGUUUGGUACAAAGUUUGUGGAUGUUGUUUUUCUUUUUUCUUUUUUCUUUAUUUUUCUUUUCCUACUUUUUAAACAGUUCUUUUGAUAUUUUGGCUCCUUGAUUUAUAAAGUUACCUUGUUAAGUUUAUGGCUCAAAGAUAUAUUGUUUUCUUGUCUAAACUGUUCAGCGGUUUGGGAAAAAAUUGUGCUUACCUCCUAUCUCAGUAUUUAAUAUGUUCCAGAAACAAUUGUAACUACACAAGUAGUUAUGUCAAUGACUGUUUAAAAACAUAGAUUAAAUGUUUAUACGUA